CGACAGCUCCGCAGGUCUUCGGUUUGCGCUUGCGAUUGGACCGAUCUCGCUGGUGGUGUGUUAGAAUUUCAUUACAGUGUUUGCACAAGUGUCCAUAGGAAUAAAAUAAACGCGAAUUCCGAAGGGAUUCUCUGUCGCCAUGCAUUAGCGACCAAGUGAAGGCAAGAAAACAAAAAUAUAUGACACAGUUUAGUGCAGUGUAAAUUGAUUCACAUCAUUACACAGUCGGUGUGUUAAAUAAAUUCUACCACCAUCAUCACCAGCGGAUAGUUCAACCCCCCCCAGUCAUCGACAGACAACCAACAGACGGGGAAGGCCGUCUCGAUAACAGAUCGGUUACUUCAGUUUCGUCGACAGUUUAGAGUUGCAGCAGCAACCUGGUGAUGGUUCACGCUCUAAUCCCUUCGGAUGACAAUGACGGCCUGUGGACGACGCCGAAGAAAGCGACGAAAGUGACACAGGCUUAGAGAAAGUGUUCAGUGUUGUGUAUCUAUGCAUCCGGACUGCUGUGGUCAAUUCGUGCUUCACUUAAUAUUCCGCGCAUAGUUCUACGCGCCAUACUUAACCCAAAGCUAAAACGCUAACGUACUUUGCUCAGUAUUAUUUGCAACACCCUUCAUUCGACUGACUAUCUACCGCUACUUUGCUCGUGGAGUAAAUAUUCCUUGGAUAAAAGCUAUCCUGUUAAAAUGUGUAAUUGCUGCAAGUGUAUUUUUAGUUGCUGGGAGGACUUUUACUGGAACUGCAUCGAGGAGAAGUUUUGCUUCGACGAAACGUUAGUCAACUACGAUCCGGACGAUGACGAGCAUGCCGCCAAAAGCAAGAGUAAGAAUGGAUUCUAUGGCAGCACCGCUGAGGGAGGGUCGGCGGAGAACAACAACGCACCGAUCUGCCGGCAGCCGGCGUCCGGUGCAAGCAUUGGCCGAAACAUGUCCAUGAGCUCGAAAAUACACGAGGAUGACCUGCGGCGCGAGGUGCAAACCAACGUUCCGAUGCUGGCACCGGAAGUGAUGGCCAUCUUCGCCAACUCGCAAAUUUUCCAGUCAAGCGCACCGCCGAAGCCAACGGCGGCCGCCCGGGCGACCUCACCGGCGUCGGUGAAGUUCGCCAUUUCCGAUUCCGGUUCACCGAUCGAGGUGACACCGGUCAACGCCGGGCGACGGUCGGACGCACCGGCAGCUUCCGGCGGUGACUCCGGCGAUGAGGGUCGCCGCGAGUUGAGCUCCGAUAAGCUGCUGAAACGGCUCGAAGCUGGAAGUGCGACGUCGGAUGAACGGGACAGUCGCCCCGUCAUACCGGCGAUCGUUGAGGAGGAGGAUAGCGAAGAAGAUGGUCAGCAGAGCCGCGACGUGGAAGACGUUCACCGUGAUGUCGAAGUCAUUCUACGACCACCGCGUAAUUUCUCCGAGUCCAGCCUGUCCCGGUCGAUCCCGCGGGACGUAGGCGGCAGCGCGGUCAACAAGACGAUCAGUCAACUGCAAGCGGAGAUACCGUACUUCUCGAUACGGCCAGCCAGUGAGAACGAUAUCUUCACGAUAUCGGGUGCGAGUGCGGGUGGCGGUGGCGGUGGCAGUGGUGCAAGUUCCGGAGCGUACAAUGCCAUCAGUAUGACACCGGAGGUGCCGGCCAUCUCGUACUCGAACCUGCCGAAGAACUACCUCGAGACGCCGGUGAUCGAGAAGUACCGCGAGUCGGUCAGCCUGUACUCGAUCCAAACGGCCGGCAUUAACCGGCAGUCGCAGACGGACAGCCUGUCGAUGCCUCGCUACUACGGCAAGUCGGACCUGUUCGUGUCCGGUAUCGAUCGGGCCAACAGUCGCAGUGCGGACGCGGUCGAGAUGAACCAGUCGGACAGUGACGACAAGGGGCUGGCGGUCAGCGAUGGCAGUGGAAACGGGCUGUCCCUCAGCAGCAGCGCCUUGUCGAAGGCAAAACGAAGCAGAAGUGUCGCGGCCGAACGGAGCAAGCGACUGAUGAACAUCCGUACCGCGCUGCCACCGUUGAAUCUGGGUUUGAUACGGGGCAGCUCGUCGUCGAGCAACUUGCGCGAACGGGGAGAAUCGCGCGAGCGGGCGGAAAAGGGAACCAACAAGUCCAAGGAAGGAGGGUUAAGAGUUUAAAGUGUGCCAGUUUGGGGUGGGAAGCACUCCGCACGUUCGUUUUUAGUAUCGAGAAAAUGAAACAUAUCAGUGCCAAGUACAGUAUACGGGAAGCCAGACUGUCCAAUGAUGAGAAACUGUUGCUACUUAACGGUUGCGUAUUGUUUAGAAUAUUGUUGUAUUUUUAUUUUAAUGAAAGUUUACCGGCAACGAAUCGGACGCGGUGGAGGUAAAACGUGGCAAAAAGUGUUUGCCAAUGUGGCGUACCUAGCGUAGGCGUGUUUUAAAAACCGUUGAAAACAAGUCUUUCCAACUUUUUGGCUCGUUUCUGAAAGGAGCGAUAUUAUUCCAUGUUUGUAGAUGUAAGCUAGA